AGCAGACGUCAAUAGCUAUUGGUGGAUGUGGGAACAUGGGCGGAGCUAAGUAAGUGACAGUAAACACGAAACUUUGUUAGCUGCUCGCUAACUUUGCUCCAUCAUCUGUUCGGCAAUGUUAUUAGCUUGAAGCACAACCACACAUCCUCGAAAGGAUGGACUGCGGAGUACACGACGAUGGAGAAAAGUGCACUACCACUAUGCUGGUGAACAGCCAAAAUGACAUCAAAGCACGAGUGCAACAGUUCGUCGAGGACAGGAUGCAGACCACUAUGCUCACUGGAGUGCUGAUUGGAGCUGCAGUCGCAGUCUCACUGAUCGGGAUUGUGGUGCUUUUCCUUUACAGGAGAUACAAGCCCUCUCGUGAACAGCAGCCUCACUAUCGCUUCAGAAAACGAGAUAAAGUGCUCUUCUAUGGAAGGAAGAUAAUGAGAAAGGUCCAGACGCUGUCCUCAAUUCCUCCUCCCACCUCUACCUCAGUAUCUAAGCAACCACAGCGCAUACGGAAAAGAACCAAAGUUCUAAGCAUAGCUCGCAAAAUUCUGAGGAUCCGUAAAGAUCCUCCAACCCUGCAGCCAAAGGAGCCUCCUCCCUCCCUGCUUGAGGCAGACCUUACAGAGUUUGAUGUGCAAAGCUCGAACCUGCCCUCCGAGGUCCUCUACAUGCUGAAGAAUGUCAGGGUUCUGGGUCAUUUUGAGAAGCCCUUGUUCCUUGAGCUGUGUCGCCACAUGGUGUUUAUUGAGCUGCAGGAGGGUGAAAGUCUGUUCAGGCCAGGAGAUGACGACGAUAGCAUCUAUGUGGUCCAGGAUGGACGGCUCGAGCUCUGCAUCCAGGAGAAUGAUGGUACAGAGCCAGUGGUGAAGGAUGUGCACCCAGGGGAUAGUGUCCACAGCCUGCUAAGUAUUCUGGACAUCAUUACUGGUUAUCCGGCUCCAUAUAAGACCGUACUGGCACGGGCUGCCACUCGUUCCACCAUCUUACGUUUGCCUGCAUCAGCCUUUGAGUCUGUGUUUAAGAAAUACCCAGAGACACUUGUUCGUGUCAUUCAGAUAAUCAUGGUGCGCCUCCAAAGAGUCACCUUCUUGGCGUUACAUAACUAUCUGGGCCUAACAACCGAGCUCUUCAAUCCGGAGAGUCAGGCGGUGCCCUUGUCUAAUAUAAACAGCGUGAUGGCAGAGGCCAGUUCUGGAAAGACGACUCGGCGCUUGCACUUCCAGGACGAGUUACAUGCUGGGGCCACAGAGAGCCCCACAGAGACAGAUGGUGUUAAGGACAGCCCUUCAAACAGCUACAGGAAGCAGCGAUCCAUCUCGAUGCCCACCGACUGUGCAGGUAAUGACUUGAACAUGGCUUGUGAACGAGCUCGGGUCACCAUCGAUGAGGCUCCAUCCAGUCCUGUCACUCACAAAUCCAAUCUGAAGAAGAGUGUCACUAUGCAGCACACGCCCUCUGAAGUGUUUCACUACACAGACAGCGGGGGGCACUCUGAUGCCAUCCAUCUCAGUAAGAGCAGCUCAAUCCUCCAGGCUGCUAAGAGGGACCUGCUGGGAAUCGUCCAGCUGCAGGACCCCAGUCUACUUGAAGGCAGGGUGACCCUCCAUCAUGUCAAAGCUGGUUCUGUGGUGGCUCGUCAAGGAGACCAGGAAGUGAGCAUCCAGUUUGUGAUUUCUGGCCUCCUCCACGUUUACCAGCGCAUGAUUGACCGUGAAGAAGAGACGCGUCUGUUUGUGACGCACCCCGGAGAGCUCGUUGGUCAACUUGCCGUCCUGACCGGAGAGCCCCUCAUAUUCACUGUUCGAGCUCAGCGAGACUGCAGCUUCCUCUCCAUUUCCAAAACCCACUUCUAUGAGAUAAUGCGUGUGGAACCAAAGGUUGUGUUGGACGUGGCUCACACAGUGGUGAGGAGGAUGUCAUCUUUUGUCCGACAGAUAGACUUUGCUCUCGACUGGAUGGCUGUGGAAGCCGGCAGGGCGGUGUACAGGCAGGGAGAGAAGUCAGACAGUACAUUCAUAGUACUGAGUGGUCGACUGCGCUCUGUAAUCAUGAAGGAGGAUGGCAAGAAGGAGCUAAUAGGAGAAUAUGGACGCGGCGACCUGAUUGGAGUGGUGGAGGCCCUGACCCAUCAGAACAGAGCCACCACAGUGCAUGCUGUUCGAGACUCUGAGCUUGCCAAGUUACCAGAAGGAGCUCUCAGCUCCAUCAAGAGGAAGUUCCCACAGGUUGUCACCAGGUUGAUCCACCUACUAGGACAGAAGAUCCUCCAGCAGGUCAACGGCCCUCUGACAGCUCGCAGUUUGGCCCUCCACACCUCUGGCAGUAAUUGGGAUGCAGGGAACCAAGCCUCCAACCUCUCUACUGUGGCGGUCCUGCCUGUAUCAGAAGAGGUGCCCCUCACUGCCUUCACCCUGGAGCUGCAGCAUGCACUCAUUGCAAUAGGUCCCACUCUUCUGCUGACCAGUGAUAUUAUCAAACAGCGACUUGGAGCUGCAGCACUAGACAGUGUCCACGAGUACCGUCUGUCCAGCUGGCUGGGCCAACAGGAGGACAUUCACCGAAUAGUUCUCUACCAGACGGACUACACACUGACCCCGUGGACACAGCGGUGUAUCCGUCAGGCUGACUGCAUCAUUAUCGUGGGACUAGGAGAGCAGGACCCUGCUGUUGGGGAGCUGGAGCGUAUGUUGGAAGGAAGUGCAGUGCGUGCCCAGAAGCAGCUGGUGCUGUUGCACAGAGAAGACGGCCCCCCACCCAAAGGAACUGUGGACUGGCUCAACAUGCGAAGCUGGAUCUCCAGACACCUCCACCUCUCUUGUCCCCGGAGGGUCUUCUCUAAGAGGAGCCUGCCUAAACUGUUGGAGCUGUAUCAACGUGUAUUUGAGAAGCCAGCAGACCGCCAUUCAGAUUUCUCCCGUCUAGCUCGAGUCCUCACGGGCAAUGUCAUUGCUCUUAUCCUGGGAGGAGGAGGGGCCAGGGGCUGUUCCCAAGUGGGAAUAAUGCGGGCUCUCUGUGAGUCCGGCAUCCCAGUGGACCUCAUUGGUGGCACCUCUAUUGGUUCCCUGAUGGGGGCACUAUAUGCUGAGGACCGUAGCUACAGCCGCAUGAGGAUGAGGGCCAAAGAAUGGGCAAUGGAAAUGACUUCAGUGUUUAAGAAAGUUCUGGAUUUGACGUACCCAAUCACCUCCAUGUUCUCCGGUGCUGCUUUCAACUCCAGCAUCGGCAAUGUCUUCAAGAGCAAACAGAUUGAGGACCUUUGGAUCCCAUAUUUCAAUAUCACAACUGACAUCACUGCCUCAGCCAUGAGGGUACACACUGAUGGUUCUCUGUGGCGGUAUGUUCGUGCCAGCAUGUCACUGUCGGGGUAUCUGCCUCCUCUCUGUGACCCCAAAGAUGGACACCUGCUGAUGGAUGGUGGCUACAUCAACAACCUGCCAGCUGAUGUUGCGCGCUCCAUGGGGGCCAAAGUGGUGAUAGCUAUUGACGUGGGCAGCAGGGAUGAAACCAACCUCACUAAUUAUGGCGACUCGCUCUCUGGCUGGUGGCUGCUAUGGAGACGCCUCAACCCCCUAUCGGAGAAAGUAAAGGUGUUGAACAUGGCAGAGAUUCAGACUCGGCUGGCCUAUGUGUGCUGUGUUAGGCAGUUGGAAUCUGUGAAGAACAGUGACUACUGCGAGUACAUCAGACCUCCAAUUGACAGAUACCGGACACUUGAGUUUGGCAAGUUUGAUGAGAUUGCUGAGGUGGGAUACCAGCAUGGAAAGACUGUGUUUGACGUGUGGACUCGUAGUGGAGUGGUGGACAAAAUGUUGAAAGAUAGACACCAGGAGGAGUUCCACAACACUCAGAGCAAGAACAAUGUGGUAACAUGUCCCAAUGCUUCCUUCACCGACUUGGCAGAAAUUGUGUCCCGCAUCGAGCCCGUCAAACCCGCUCUGGUGGAUGAGGAAUCAGACUACCACACUGACUAUGAAGAGGAGGCACUGGAGAGCGCUCUGUCUGACAUGGAGCUGUACAACCACUAUGGCGAGCACACUGAAGGAGAGGAGACUGGUGACACAGAUGAAGAGCUGGAGGGGAGACAUACUCGCCGCAUUACCUCACUCACCAGCAGCCACCCUCAGUCCCCCACCGACAGUCCACAGGACACGCCGUCAAACCAAGAAGACCUCUCUUUACAGUAAAGACAGAUCUAAUGACCUCUGCCUCACAAUUUAACCUGCCCUUCUUUGCCAUAUGUUCCCCUCCUACAUGACUGGAAACCUGUUCUCUGCUCCUGAGAUUGUCAGCAUGACGGUGAUUAUCAUUUUGCCCUCUGUAUCCUGGCCUCAUUAGCUAUGUGAAAACAUGUGGGUGGGCCCUUAAAAAACUGCAUAUAGUGAGCUGGUAUCUCAGUAAACACAAAUCCUAGACAUUGCUAUUAUACAAGCAACUGUAAGUCUAAUAAUUUCUCAUAUUGAGACAGUCAUGAUGAAUCACACCAGUCCAGUGGAAGAUAAAAGGUAGGGAGGGUAAGGAGAAACUAUUUCCAUGAAAUAUUUAUUACAUGAAUCCAGAUGAAGACUUCAAAUCUUAGCUGAUUACACUUAGAAGACAGAUUUGAAGAGUGUUAACUAGAAUUGAGAUUCUGUCAAACAUGCACAUAGUUUUGAAAUGAGAUUUAAAAAUUUGACAGAUUUCUGUCACACACCACAGUAAAAGAUUAAAUGAAAAAAAAAUCGACAUGGACAAUUACGACUAAAGGGAUAAGAGAAAGAAAGAUGUCUAUUUUUCGUUUCACUAGUUUCUUCUCAAAUUUGGCUUUUUACAUCUUUUCACCAGUCUAUGAAGGCACAAUCAAAUUUUCGCUUGAUCUGCUCACAGCUGCUCUCCACCGUGAUGCCAUAACUGCUGAUUAUAGGUCCCAAAUGGACUUUGGUUUGUUUUAAGGGGUCAGCAGCCAAAGAAAACAAAAAAGGAAAGGUUGACACUGUUCUGAAUAAUCUACAGAACAGUGUUGAGUGAAGUCUCUGUGUUUUUGAUGAGAGCUAAAGCUAUGUGCAUGGUGAGAUACGAGUAGAGGCAAGUAAGACACAUGCCCUCAGUGGCCACUUUAUUGGGUACACUUGUAAAAUACAACAGCCGAUCAGUGUCAAAAGAGAAAACUGAUGACAGGCGGUGACUUUACGGCAGAACAGUUGACUUGGAUUUCAUUGUAGAUGUGUACCUAAUAAAGUGGAGUUGUUGCUGACGGCAACAUCAAACAAUUACUCUCUAAUACUUGGUUUAUUGUUGUACUAAGAUAGACUUGGAAAAAGUCAGAACCUAUCCUUGAAUGUUUUGUACACCACAGCCUAAGUGAUGGUCAUCACUGACGCAAUACUGAUUCCAAAGCAGAAAGAGAGCAAAGCGAGCAGCACACUCCACGACUUGUGGCCAUCAGCACAGUUUUGUAGGUACUCAGUGAACCAGGGACAUGGAGCAAAGUAAUGAUUGCAAUCCACUUCAAAGGACUAGUUUUCCUCUCGACUGGUGAAACAGCCUCCCCCUCCAUCUGUUUUCUGGCUUGGAUCUAUCAGACACAGACUGAGCAGCAGACAGUGUGGAUCUGUCGGGGGAACUCUGAGGCUCCACUCGUCUCAGUACAGUUUGUGCACAGGGGCUAUUUCCAGCCGCAGGACAGUUCUUCACAGGAACAUGUCGUAACACAAGCUAUUUGGCCUAUCAGGAUGUGAUUUUUGUAGUUUUUUCUUUUUUUUUUUCCAUAUUUAAGCCAAGAAUCUAUACAGCCUAAGCCCUAGAUGAUUUUAUUCAUAGGUCAAAGCAGCUGGACAAUCAUUCCAGACAUGCACAACAAUGCACAAUUAAACCAACAAAUCAUCAUAUAACCUUGUUUACCAUGCCUCCCUGUAUGACACUUUACCGUUUUUAUGGAGUUAACCUAAUCUCAAUCGCAACUAGGGCUCCUACUAACCAUUCUUUAUCAUUUAAUGUGGGGAUUAUUUUUUGCAAUUAACAUUAAUCCUUUGGUCUAUUUAAUGUUAGAAAAUCGUGAAAAAUUGAUAUAAACAUUUCCAAGCCUUCCAAGGCUUUAUUUGUCUGACCAACAGUUCAGAACCCAAAGAUAUUCGGUUAAAUGCAUUAAAGCAACAAAGCUGGAUGGAUGACUAAAACAAUUAAUUAUUAAAGUAGUUGGCAAAUAACACAAAUUGUUAGGUCUACUUCAGCCAACAUGAAAAUACAUACCUGCAAUAAGCUAAUAUCAGCCUGGUCAGUCAGACUGUAGUUGUUACAAUAUGAAUGCAACGUUUUCUGAUUCCAGCACCCAGUGAACCCUCCUGUAUGAAGCUGGGAUCUUAGCUAAUACUGGUGCUAUAGUGCCUGCAGCCUUACGCGUGUGGACAGGAGGAGAAACCCUGUGAUAAACGCUACGUGGAUCCCAUAUGGUGUUGGUUAAAUGGAGUCUGGGCACGGAAUGUGUGAGCAAGGCAGAGAUGGGAAAGCAUUUGUUGUUUACCAAUGAGCUAAUGGUGUUUGCACUGUUUUUUGUGAUUUUGGAUGGUUUCCAAAAACCAAGCACAGUGAAUUGAUGUUGUCUGGCAGUAUGAAUGUUUCUACUUUAUUAAACAGGACACGGUAAUGGAUGAAACGCUUAUGUAAUGUGUGGAACUUUGCCAUAAAGUUAAUGCAACAAAGCCUUAGAUGAUCCCCAUGGAAAACACAACCACUUGUGCCCUCAUUGGGCUUGAAUUUUGUUGAUUAGUGAUGUUUACGAUGACAUUUACCGGUAAGCCUGUACUUCAUGUUACUGUUACUAUCUAUGCUAUUUCAUAAAUAUAUUUUUAAUUAAUUAAUUGUUACUAAUAAACCACUAUUUGUUGU